AUGGACCAACCAGAUUCGCUACGCGUUCAGACGGGCGGGGAGAGAGGGCCGGGGCGAUCGGGGGGCACAUCAGGCGCGGCCGCCAGCCCCCCGUCAGUCGUCAUGUCGACGCCAUCCACCAUCACAGUUCGCCCUCCCGAUGUCCGAGGGACUGCUCAACAGUUCAGUGCCGUCCAAGGAUCAUUCGAGCCGCCAGGUCAGCUCUUUAUCAUGCUUUCCGGAAGUGGAUCUUGUUUGCCUCAUUGCUCGUUGUUUGCUUCGACCAGAUGUGCCUGCAUCUACCUCAGGUGGGGCGCACGAUUCAUGUGAGGCCACAUCGGACUCAGCCUCUUUCUCUCACUCUCUCCCCCUCAGGUGCACACACACCCGUCACUCCCAACUUCUUCGAGCAGCCCGACGCAGAGGUCAUUUCGAGAGCCAUCGCCACGAGGUCACUACCGGUACUCAACCACGAGCAGCUGCAUGACUCUCCCUUUGUUCGCAGGGUAUCCUUCAACCGUCAUGGGUUCGUCCAUCAGAAUGCCGGCAGCGUUUUUCAUUACUAUGAUAUCGACAAGGAUGCGAAGCUGGGGUGAUGGAACAUACAGUUCACAGCAUGAGACAUGGCCAUCCUUCUUUUUGUGUGUGGCAGAUCGGGAUCGUUUGGUGAGGUCUACAUUGCUCGGUCUCGCUUCUCUGAUGACCGGAUAGCGAUGAAGAAGAUACCGCGGUCGAUUGUCACCAAUUUGGACAGAUUCAACAAGGAAAUGAGGAUACUCAAAGUGAGCACGAGAUCCAUCGCGCUGCCGUGAGGAAGGACCUGUCUGCGCCAUGUCUCUGCUUCUUUCCAGGAGCUGGAUCAUCCCCACAUCAUUCGUCUGUUUGAGAUCUUUUAUGAUGCGAGACACGUACGUAAGAAUGAUGUAUGUCUCUGCAUGUCUUUGUGUUUGGUCUCAUUCGCACUCUGGUCUCUCCCACCGGCUGAUUCGUCGCUUCUUUGCAGUAUUAUCUGUGUCAGGAGCUGUGUGAGGGCGGAGAGCUCCACUCAUGGCUGCACAAAAGUAAGACAAAAAAGCCGAGUCCCAUUCAGUCGACACCUAAUUCAUCGAUGGUGCAGGUGGCGGGUGUGUGAGUGAGGCCCAGUGGGGCCGGUUGCUGCCUCAAUUCCUCUCAGCGAUCACAUACAUGCACACAAAAGGUCAGCACCAUUCAUCAAAGGCACAUGGCCUGACGCCACUCCGCAACAGGGAUUUGUCAUCGGGAUCUCAAGUUCGACAAUGUGCUGUUCGUGGCACCUGAACAAGACAAUUUCAUCAUCAAAGUCAGUAUUGGUCGCAUAGAGAUCACGAGACGCGUAGGAGAAUAAUCCCCUGUCUUCUUCAGCUGGUGGAUUUCGGUUUUGCCAGUGAGUCUGUCGACCGGGAUGAGGGAAGGAAACUGUCAGCCAAGAGCCGAGACCCGAGCAUGCUCCAACUGGUACGCACACAUGUAGCUCUCCCAAGCCCACUCGCUUUUCCGUUCGCUCGCUUGUCUUCGUUGUUGGGCAUGCUAGAUCACUCCGCUUACAAGCGGACCUGUGAGUCGCUAUGCUGCCAAGCCCGAUACACUGCCUCUACCCCUCAACUUCUACGCAAAGACGUCGGCGCAGCAGCAUCAAGACGACACAACAGGCAAUCUGAAGAGACUCAUGCAAAGGUAAAGCGAGAGCGCCGCACAAUCGAUCGGCACUCGUUUGUGUGGGUCUGUCCAGUCGUGGUCGCGCCGUGACAUUCGGCGAGGGGAUUGAGUCGGAGCAGGAUGAGGCGGACGCUAAGGAACAGGAGCAGGGUGGGCGGACUAUAAUGAACACAAGAGCAGAGUCAUGGCUAGACAAAAUGAUGCACUGGCACUUAUACAGAGGAGUACUUCGGUCGCUCCCAGCGCUUCCGUGCGUCGUUGCGCAGCCAGGCGCCCAUCACGGGUGGAACAUACACGGACAUCGAACAUCCGGCUCACAGCUGCGCCGCCCCCGAGUACCAAUUCACGAUACAAUUCACCGAUCGCUGCGACAUGUGGAGCCUCGUGAGCCGGCCAAGAAGCAAAUGACUACAAGCGGAAUGUAGGGGUGUGUGUUUGCAGGGAGUAAUGACGUAUGUCGCUCUCAGCGGUCACUAUCCAUGGGGAAAGGACUUUGAUCAGUCGGAGGUCUCCAGGUAAAUGAGUGAAUGAGUGAGUGUGUGUGCGUGUCUGCUCAUUGUCUCUGCUUUCAGUACGAAGAUUCAUUGGGAUGACUUCCAGCUGACAUUCGAUGACGACAAGUGGAGCAAGGUGUCCAAGGAGGCCAAAGACUUCAUUCGAGUACAUAGAAAGGCACAACACGACAAGAAUUGCGCUUUGCUGGUUGCGGGUACGGUACCCAAUUGCCUCAGCGCCUCGUGCAAGUGGAUCCCUCACAGCGUCUGUCUGCCCGCGACGCCCUGGACCACCCAUACGUGAAGAAAUACAAACCAAAACAUGACAUCAAUGCGUAUGUGAUGCAGCCAACAAGAAAUUGCUACUACUGUAUGCCUGUCUCUUCAGCUUGACCGAUGAGAUCGUUGCCAGCAUCCUGGAAUGGCCCUUUCACUCGCAGCUCAAGAAGGCGGCACUCACCGCCGCAGCCUGCUUCUUAAAGGAGCAAAAGCUGGAGGUGCCAGGAACAGCUUGGCGCCUGUCUGUCUCACAGCAGUGCCUUUCCUCUGCACCUGUUUAUCUCUUGAGUGCAGAAACUCCGUUUGGCAUUUCAAUCAAUCGAUCUGGACAACGAUGGCUUCAUCGAGUUCAAGGAGUUCGAAAAAGUCAGGCAAUAAAUCACCAAAACGAAAGCGUCACGUCGAUCCAUGCCAGCUCGCUUUCAGGUUUUCCGCAAGCGUCUCGACGCCCUGCUGGCUCUUCCUUCUCGCAAAGGCACCCUCGGAAACCACCUGGAGAUAUUCGCCGAGGACGUGCAGCAGAACAGCGAGGAGAUGAAGGUGAGGCCACACAAACGCCUUCUUACUCGUGUAUCAGUUCUGAUUCCCAAUCAGGUGAUUUUCCACAGCAUUGACACGAAUGUGGCGUCGCACAUCGAGUUUAAGGUCAUCAUGACCGAGACACAGUGCAAUGUUUUCUCGUUAGCGUGCUGCUGCUGUCUUCCAGGAGUUUUCGGCCGCUGCAAUGGGCAGCGACCUGGCCACCAAUGUCGAGCUGUGCAAGGCUGCUUUCAGGUGCUUCGACCAGGUAAGGAAGAAGGCGGCGGUGGCGACACGGAAAAGGCGUGUGUCUUUUGUCUCUGACAAGGAUGGCGACGGUGUGGUCAGCCUCGAAGAGCUGAAAGAAGUCACAGAGGGACCAAGACGGUACAACUCCCUUCACCCACGAAACCCGCUCACAUUCGUCUUGUGUCUCAUCUAAUUCCAGCCGCAUUCGCAUCAACGCAUCCUCCUCACCGUCCAGCCCGCACCACGAGCCGAGCUCACCAGCAGCAAAAAAUGUCAUGUCACCCCUCAGCAGAACUAGAAGCUUCAUGUCUGCCCCGGGGUCGCCUGAGGCGGAACAACAGCUCCCCUCGUUCCCACCAAUGCAUCGCGAAAAGCUUAAUUUCAUGCCUGCGGGACUGCGGUCGAUCCAGAGACACAUUGGACCGACCCUGCACGCGGAGACACUCGUCAAAAUCGUGAGACCCGGGCAGGCAUAGGUGGAUUGCUGGUUGGUAUUUUGUGUGGCUGUGCGUGUGCACGCGUACGUGAAUGCAGGCUUUGGGAGAUGAUGAUGACGAGCUUGAGUAUGAGGAUUUUGUCAAUCUGAUAUCGGAGAAGGUCAUGCUGCGGUGUUACUAUGAGGUGGGGCACGGACGGGCCUCGUACCUCUUUGCACACGAAGGUAAGCAAACAAAUCGCACGAGCCGGCUGCAUAGCCUCUAUUACACUGUCAGGCAACGCUUAUGUUUUAGACCCCGAAUGGAACAUCUGGCAAUACGUCAGAGACCUUCAGGUCAGGCACACUAAGCGAGAUGGGGCAAUGAGCCUUCCACAGGAGAUAAGCCUUAUACGAUCUCACUGGUUCUCUUCUCACGUUAGCAUUUCAACCUGUCCCUGAAGGGCAUUCUGCUGACACACAUGCCCCUCGACAGUCUAUCAGGUGCGUGAGUGAUUCGGCAGCAACCCUUCCUGUGUGAAUGACUAUCCUCGUCCCUCUAUUCAGGGCACUACGAGUUGAGCCACGUGACGGGCUGUCCAGUGUAUUUCAGCAGAGAGGAGGAACUCCUCCAGGGAACGGCGCCACCAAAAAGGGAGACUUGUGUCUCAAACAAUGCCAUAUACAAGUGAGCAGCAGACGAUACACGACAGGUCUCUGUUCAAUGCAGGUGUCCCCUUCUUUCAGGAUAUCUAGUCGGUUUGUGUGGCGGGUUCUCGAGACGCCCGGCCACACACCGGGGGCACUCACGUGGCUGCUUUGCAGGAACAAGGGGAAGGAGGUAAGCAGAGGGGAGGAGGCAUCACUUCUGUCAUUCGUGUGCCUGUGCAUGAUAGGCCGGCACUCCAUUAAUCGGCUUCACGGGAGCCACUCUACUCAACGGAGCCGUCGGUCGCACUGACGUCGGCGAAUCGCUCCUCAACAAGUGGGCUUGAGACACACAGGGAGAAGCGCGGUAAUGAACACUGUGCUUCUGCUCUCAGGCCUUCCAGCAAGAAGGGGAAGCGUAGCCUGGUUGAGAGCCUGUUUGAGUCCCUGCAGCAGCUCGAUACUCUCUUGCCCGCGUCAAUCGAUAUUUACCCCGCCUAUGGCCCAGGCAGCCCCGUCGCCAUACCCGAAAGCUUCUGCCUUGAUCUCAGGACAACGGUGUGUGAGCACACGCACAUACAGGUCCCGCGACCAAGCAGCCUCUCGCCUCGCGUGCUCCUUGUGUGUGCUUAGCUGGCAGAGCAGCGUCAGCAGAAUGAGUUCUUCAGGGCAAAGAACAAGGAAGCCUUCACUGAGCUGAUGGACAGGCUGCUAAAGCAGGAGAUAUCUGUCGGGCGUACACGACUCUGCUGGGAUGAGGUGAACGCACAACAGACCACAGGAGAGGAACGGAGAGACACCUGUGGGCGGUGGCUGCUUUUCUCAGGUGGUUCGCGAGAACAGCAUCAAGUGGGAUGAGCGCAAGAAGAUCCUCCCAGCGCCACCAGCCUCAAUCGAGGAGUACCACCCAGCAGUUCUCACACAGCGUUUUGGCGGCGCCUUGCCCUUCAAGGCUUUUCUCCAAAGGCUGAUCAGCCUUGAAAGCAAACAUGGCCGGGACUCCCUGAUCAUCAUCGACGGCAGAGACUGCGACAAAUUCGCACAGUAAGGGUUGCUUGUACGUCAUCGCGUCGUUUUUUCCACAACAAGUGCCUGUAUGUCGAUGCCUUACUGGUUUCAGGUGCCAUCUGCAAGGUUCUUUGAAUGUCCCUGUGCACACCUCAAGUCCGGUCGAGGACUUUUGGGGCAUCUGGAUCGUCUCCAUGAUCAAGACCCUCAACGCGCCGCCGCCCACACGGGACAGCAGCUCCCAGAAGGCACCCAAAUCGGGCACGUCGUCUGCUCGCGGCAGUUCGACGCCAUCUCCAUCGCUGAGCAAGACGCCUUUUCCGUCUGUGAGCAACACGUCACUACCAAGUGAUGGGGCGGGGGCCACGCGAGACAAGGAAAAGCUGUUGGUGGUCGCGCCGUCAGAGCAACUAGAGGAAAUGCUCAUGUGAGAAGACGAUGGACAGGGUAGCAUCACACCAAUGGUGCGAACUCCUUCAUGUCCGGCCUUUUGCAGGCGCCUGGCUCAGAUGGGAUUGGGGGAUAGGAUAGUCGCUGCCACGGGAUGCGACCUGGAGAUCGCCGCGGACAAUAAAAUGUACCCGCGAAGGUAGCCAAGACGCAGAGGCAAAGCUGUCGAUUCACGAUUCUCACUGCCCUUUGUUUAGUUCGUACGACUUGUUGGAGAUUCCAACUGAGUCGACAUUUUUCCCGUCAGGCAGCGAAGACGGGGACGAUCAGGCGGACGGAGGAGGUAUGGCACUACGACUUGGGUUGUGGUGGAAGCCUUGUCCACAGGAGUGGCGUGUCUGUGUGGCAGAGGCGCCAUGGCUGUACCAGAAGGACAUGCGUAUUCUCGACGUCCGGACCCCACCCGAGUUCUUCCAUCCAACCAUCGGAAGAGUCAAGGGCAAGCCGGCGGAUCGAAUUGACUGACUGCUAUCUGCUGGGAGCCUGUUUUGCUGUCUGGUUGCAGGUUCUGAGCUGAUACCUCUCGAUCAGCUCCCCUCUGUCGUCCACGGUCUUGACGCAGCUUUCAGGUGCUGUUGGUUCUCUGUGAGUAUAUGGUGUCUCCUCCCUGUUUGUCGAUACAGGUAUCUGCUUCUCUGCAAGUGCGGCUUCCGUUCUUCAAUUGCUGCGUCUCUCCUACUGAGAAAGGGACUGAGGCCGAUUCGCUUGCAGGGAGGGUAAGUAAUCCAGCAACCCAUCCCAUGAGUGCCUGUUGUCACAAGCUCGUCCAUUGCUGCAGACACGAUCAGCUGCGCCGGCUGCGGCCUGACCUUUGCGUGUAUGGGGCGCCAUAGAGAGGGAGAAGGGAAGGGGCACGUGGCCAAGGAGAGGGAUUCUGUAUGCGACAGCAGUUACUGUCCCCCCUUGUCUUUUUGUUCCUGGAUGGCAGCACGUGCUGCCCUUUGCGUUUUUGUUGCGCUGUUGCUUUCCUUGGACUCCCUGGACUGCGUGUCAUGCGCAUACGUACAUUUGCUGUUUUGUGCUGGACUGCUGAUGCAAUUUGCCGCGCAGCAACUGUUGCGCUGGGCGGGGAAUGGCUGGGCGAGGCAUUCAGGAGCCUCUCCGCCUGGGGACGAGAAUUGUUCAUGGAGACAUGCGACAGUGACGUGCGUCUGUGUUGGGCAAUAUCAUUCCUCAUG